AUGAAAAACAGAGAAGGAGACCAUCAUCAUCUUUCGACCAUGCAAUCCCUGUUGGUAUCCUCCCGAUUUCUUCGGCAGCAAGAAAACCUUCCAGAACAAAGAAACAUCCCGGAACAAAUCGUCCUUGAAAUCCUGUCGCGUCUACCGGUCCAGUCUCUACUGCGAUUUUGCUGCGUUUGCAAGGUAUGGAAAUCUCUGAUCUCCGAUCCUAAAUUCACUCUUUCGUCACGAAAGCCGCAGAUAGCCAUUAAAUGUGGCUACUUAUACUCCAUCGACACCGGUCCUGCUUUUACUGGAACAAGAUCUCUAUCGAGGAGAGAUCCUCUUCUCAAACCGAUGCUGUUUUUUUCCGAUGACAAAAACGCGUCAAAGGGGUUAAAGAUCUUGGGUUCGUGUAAUGGCUUGUUUAUGGUUAGCCAUCACGCGGAUCUCUACUUGUGGAACCCUUCGACAAGGCAAUCCACCAAAGUUCUCUCGCUCACGACGAAGGGGUGGCCUAAGGACUUUUCUCUUAAUAAUGCGUAUGUGUCUGGACUUUGUUAUGAUUCAUCCACUGAUGAUUACAAGGCAGUAAUUGCCAUGGUGAAUGAAUUUGGACUCGUCAAUGUUGUUAGUUUUAAAAGAAAACAGUGGGCCACCACGACUUUACACGCUCUUGACAAGGACAAAGGUUAUAUAUCGCUUUCCGGACCCAUUGUGAAUGAAAAGUUGCACUGGGCGAUCACUAAAUUUGGACAUGAUCGUGUCCAUUGUACUGCCUGCUAUGGGAUUGUUUCUUUCGAUCCACUUACGGACGAAUUUGAAGAAUUGCCAAUGCCACUAAUUAUACCUAACAAUGGGGAAGGGGAGCCCAUUAUAAAGGGUUUGGGAGUUUUAGAUGGAUGUCUUUCUAUGGCACGUUGUGUUACUCGUGGAAGUGGUGCUGAAGAAGUUGGACCCGGUUUUUUUGAGUUGUUAGUGAUGAAGGAAUACGGCGUAGGAGGCUCAUGGACUAGGAUUUUGAAUGUGUCUAAGGAUUUCACGGUUUUGUCACGUGGGACUUUGGUGCCCUUGUGCUUUACAGGUGACGGAGAAGUUGUUAUUUCAGUGGCUCAUUUAGACAGAUUACGUGCAUACAAUCUAGAGGACAUGUCACAAAGAGAUAUUCUUGUCCCAAGGGAAGGUCAUCUAACUUGUCAAAUUUCCUACACGGAAAGUUUGGUUUCACCCGACGCCUAUGGCUAUGAGGAAGAUUGGAUUGUGUAUCUGCCAGAUUUCUUGACCCGACGCCAAUGGCCAUGAGGAAGAUUGGAUUGUGGAAGGGCCCGAUUUCUUGAAAAGGAAAUGGCCUUAUUGAUCUCUUAUCAGCGAAAAAGAGAACAAAAAGUACUGCAGCAGAGAAUCAGAGUUAUAAUCAAACUAAUACACAUAAGAAAUCUGGAGGUGGAAGAUUGCAUAUACGGGUGUUCAAUUUUUCUCUACAGUAGGCUAUUCUAGUUUGCCAAUCCAUUCUCCAUAACCGGAUGGAUAAUUAUUAGGAAGAUUUGCAAAAAAUAAACGGUCACGUGGUAAGUUUCCCUUCAGAGGCUUUUUUUUUUCCCGAUCGUAGUUUUUUUUUUUUCUAGUCGUAGUUAAAUUAUGAAGGAUGUCGACCCUGUUUCUAUGGCAAUUUUGUGGCAUUCUCUUGAA